UGACCUCUAACGGCAGGUACAACCUCAUGGAUCUCAACAGAUUCAUCGCUUGCCAUCGCUUGGAAUCGGAGUGCAAUGACACAUAAGUAUAUCCCUUGACCCCUCCCUCUCUUGUGUAACGUCGGACGGGGGUUCUUGAUUGAUUAUUUAUUUAUUUUCCCCCGGAUUUUGAUCCAUUCAAUUGAUUCGGUUUGUCGUCGGGGAUCGACUGUGACAUUCAUUUAACUUGUCAUAUACCGCCACUGUGACUGCCUCGAGCUUGGAACCGUUUUUGUACACUUCAGCUCGGCAUCUUUUAGCUCUACAGGAUCAACAACAUCAUCAACUUCAACAGGAAGACAACAUAUCUUAGUCUCAUCCACUACUUCAACAUCUGAACGAACAUUAUGAUUGCCCCCAACACCGUGUAUGAUGACCCGCCCGUCUUGCCCCCAGGAGACUCCCCAGAGCUGGCCCUGGUCGCAGCCUCGCCGCAGGAACGGAUCGAGACCAUCAAGCUGAACAGCACCGCCUGGAAAGGGUUCCUUGACCUCGAUUCCUACAUCGCAAGGGAGGACUACCUGCGGCAGCAGCGUCUGAACAAAGACGGCCUCACCUGCUGGAUCCUGGUGGACCGUCGGCAGCCAGAGGGCCAGAGGACAAUCCUGAGCUCCUGCGAGACAUACAAGAAGCACGCUCUGUUUGCCCACGACGGCAAAGUCGAGGACGUGGUGGCGUAUGGCGUCGGGAGUGUCUACUGCCGGUCGGAGUUUAGAGGGCAGGGCUACGCGAAGAGAAUGAUGCAGCUUUUGAGCGCGAAGCUCGAUGCGCGGCAGAUGGGGACCGAGGGGCCUGGGAACUCUGCCUUCAGUGUCUUGUUUUCGGAUAUCGGGAAGAAGUUCUAUGCGCAGUUUGGCUGGAAGCCGUUCCCGUCCUCCCAUCUCUCUCUACCGCCCAUCUCCAAGGAACAGCAUGACGGGGGCCUCUCCACAGCCACUCUGCCAAAGGCGACAACGUUGCACGCCCAGGACAUCCGGGACUGCAUGUGCAAUGACGAGCUGAUCCAGAAAGAGCGCGACUUUCUGCGCGUAGCCUCCCAGGAAAGCCAGACCCCCAAAGUAGCCAUCGCCCCCAGUUUUGAGCACUUUGAGUGGCACUGGGCGAGAGAGGAAUUCCUCUCCAAGAAGAUCCACCCCAAAAGGAGCCCACCCGCGAUCAAAGGCGCAGGGGAAGAACGUUCUGGUGUGUAUUGCGCCUGGAACAGGAACUUCGGCGAGUCUCCCCAGGAGAACACGCUGUAUAUCUUGCGGUGGGUGUACGAUGAACCCACCACGCCGGAGGAAACCGACGCGACGGUCAAGAGCAUGGCUUCGAUCCUGAGGCGUGCUCAACUCGAGGCGUAUGAGUGGAACAUGGCCCAAGUCGAGUUUUGGAACCCCACCCCCCUGCUGGAGAAGGCAGUUGCGCUCUUGGACCCGACCGCCAAGGUGGUCCAUCGUGAAGACAGCAGCAUCGCGUGCUUCAGGUGGACGGAUGCCGAGAAAGGUCCCACCAAGGAUGUGGAGUGGUUCUGGAACGAGAAGUAUGCCUGGUGCUAGUGGCUUUAUAGCUGUCGCAUUUCUGGCCCUUUUUUUUUUUUUUUUUUGUUCAACCAUUUCUUUCUGAGGACAGGGAGGACGAUAUAUUCCAC